AAUUGAAUAUUGUUGCAUACAUAAUUCUUAUUAAUAGUAGAAUUCAAUAGCGAUGGCGAAACUAGUGGACGUUUGGCGGGAUGAUUACCCGGUCGAUAUGACGCGAAGACAAAUGCCAUUGAUAGUCGAUGAAAAUCUUACGAUGAUUAUGGACAUAAAUGGUUUAGGAGCAAUCUGUGAUAGUCCAUUAGUUUGUGGUAAAGAACUUGAUGAAUUUACCAGAAAAUUUAAUAUGCUUACAAAAGAAGAAAUAAAAGCUUCAUUUGAAGUAACAUGCAAGGAUAUGCUUGCAAUUUUAGGUCAAGCUGUACCUUGUGUUGGUUGCAGAAGAAGUGUUGAAAGAUUAUUUUAUGCUCUUAUGAAAUCAGGACACCCAGCAUUAGAUCCAUUGGUGAUUACACCUGAAGGUUUAUUAUCAAUAAAGGAUGAUGUUUUGGAAUCACCACAAUUGCUUUGUACAAUGUUGCAAGGACAUAGUGCUAGAUUAAAUAGUUUAGUUGAAGGCCAACCCAGAAAUAAAAAAUCAAGAAGAUGUGUACUACAUUCAUUAGAAAUUCAACGUAUGAGACCUCCUCCAAGUGCAUGGAAAGAAGUAUGGGACUGUAUGGAUCAUUCAUGUCGUUUGGAACUUGCUUUGAUAGAAAGUAAUACCCUUGAGGCUACUUUGGAUACAUAUUUACGUAAACAUCGAUUUUGUGGUGAAUGUCGUACAAAGGUAUUGCUAGCAUUUUCUUUAUUAACAACAGAGCCUGAACCAGAAAAAGAAAAAGGUUAUGUUGCUUCUUUAUAUGCUGGAAUCAGACGUUGUAUACGUGAUAGACAUGUACAUAUACCUACAAAUCCACUUUAUAUGGGUAAUCUUAUUGGCCGUACACAACCAGAACUUAUGGGAAGAGAACGACAUGCGAAAACAUUGGAAAUUGCUCAAGAAGAAGUACUUACAUGUUUAGGAAUGUGUGUUGCUGAACGUUUACAUAGAGUUCAUAGACGAUUAAGAGAAGAGGAAACUGUAUGCAAAGUGUUAGCUGCUGUUGCAGUAGAUGCAUUAUCUAGAAAUUUUCAAAUGGCUGUAGAAGUUAAACAAGGUAUUUCUCAAUUAGAACUUCUUUAUGAAGAAUUAACAAGAGAAGAGAUAGCAAAACAACAAAGACGAGAAAAGUUACGUUUGAAACGUAAAAAGAAGAAAGAACGACGAUAUGAGACAGAAGAAAAAGAAAAUACAUGUGAUUGUUCGAGCAAAAAGCAAAAUGGUAAUAGUGAUACAUCUUGUGUUUGUGCGGAUUCGAAACCGACAACACAAAAUAUAGAUCAACAUAAGUUACAAGUAUUAGAUCCAAAAAAUAAGGGACCACCUACAUGUAAAUGUCCGGAUUGUGUAAAAAAAUCAAAAUCUAGUAUAUCACGAUCACAGAGUCAAACACAAUUAGCAUUCCCAAAAAAAUCAUCGAGCGUGCAAAAAACUACAAUUAAAAAGAGUUCUUCUGAAUCAAAGACCAAAAUUUCUACAAAUCAAAUUAAAAAAAGUACACCUGUUAAGAAUCUUUCUGAAGAAGAAUUAUUUGAUGCAUGUGAAUCGUGUAAGUGUGAUCUUUCGGAAAAAAUUGAAAAUGACCAUUGGCAUAAUUUAGAAGACUGUAAACAUCCAAUGACUAAAGAAAUAGUAGAUGCUUGGAUUGGAAAGCCAAGCAAGAGAUGCAAUAUGUGGAUAGAAAUGAAAAAACGUUUUGAAUUAUCAAUCUCAGAAAGAAAAAGUCGUUCUUCAAGCGAGCAAUCAUCACAAGAUUGCGGUUAUUCAUCGGAACAUAAUAUUAGUAGCUCUUCUCUUCCUAGUACUCCAGAAGGAUCUGAAGUAGCUUGUAGUGAUGGAUGUUGUAAUCAUGAGAGAGAUAUACGGCCAUCUGAUAAACUUGUUCAUUCCAGUUCUAGUAUCUCAUUGUUAAAAGAAAGAGGUGGAGGUUUAACACUUACCCAAAUGUUAGAGGAUUCUUAUUUAUCUGGUGAUGAAGAAAAAGAAAGUUAUAUUCCAGCUGAGGAAGUAUUGGAAUUUAAAUCUCGAAUGUGCCAAGUUCUUGAAAAACGACAAGAAUUACGUCAAACAUUGAGAAAACGUUUUGCUAUUUUAUGCAGUCAUCAUAAACCCUUUACCAUUCCUAAUUAAGAAUUCCUAAUAGAUAUGGUUACUUAAUAGGAUACAAUCUUUCUUUUUUACAUUGAUUUACUGCCAGUAGAGAAACAGGAGUGCAAUAGAUGUAUUUCGGAUAACUAUUAUCAUUGGAUGUCAAUCUUCCUCAGAAUAAAAUAUCGUUGGAGAUGUACUACAUCAUAAGAACAUCAUAUGGUAUGGUUUAUCUGUAAGCAAAGAAUUACAUCUAAUAAAUUAGAGGUAUCAAGAAACAAUUAUGCCUUGAAUUUUGUUGUUUCUUAUGCAGUUGAAUUUAUAAAAAUAAAAGACAUUUGUAGAUGAAAAUAUAAUUGUAAAUGAACGAAAUCAGAAUUUAUAGUCAAGUAUUAAUUCUGAAAACUGGAUUUAAGAAAAAGUAAGUUAUUAAAUUAAUGCACAAAUAUGGUCAGUGAUCAGAAUUAAAUGAGACUGAUUUCCAUGUGUUUAUAUAAUUAAAUAAUAAUUUUUGGAAGCAUGUAUUGAUCGUAAAAAAAUUACGAUCAUCUGCACGUAGCAAAUAAUUAUUGUAUAAAUUACUAUAUACCUCUAAGAGGAUUUUAUUUUUUUGAAAGCAGAGAUUUAGAUUUGUUUUUCUGCAAAAUGAAUGUAAAUGUUGUAAUAAUGAUAUGAGCGGAAAAUAUUAAAAAUUAAUACAAAA